AUGAAAAAUAAUAAUUAUAUAGUUAAAGACAUCUAUUAGGAGAAAAAUAAAGGUCGUAUCUAUGAUUUUCAUAAAAAGAAAUUAGAGGAAAUAAAUUAAUAGGUAGAUGAUUAAAAAUUAUUGUAGUAUCCUAAAUUGGAAGAUUAGAAAAUAAUGAAGAAAUUAUAGGAGAAGCAUAAUAUGAUUAAAACAGUUUCUAAAUUUUAUAAUCAAGAAGCUUUUCUUGAAUAAUAAAGAGUGAAUUAACAUCUAAUUUUGAAAAUAAUGUAGCCUCAAACUAGCAAAACACGAUCUUAACAUAAUUAAUCAAGAAAAGAAUAUGCUAAAAUUAAUUUUGAUACUAAGCGUAUAAGUGAAGAAAAUCGUAGUCUAGCUAAUAGAAUUACUAAUUUACCUCCUGUUAUUGAUGCUAAAAAGCAUGACAAAGAAUAUAGAAAGCAUUAGAGUGAUGUUGUCUUAAUGCAAAAAUAUCAUACUACAAAACUUAUUGAACAAUAUGAUCAAAAAACAUUUACUAUACUUAAUAAAUUGACCAAUAACAAAUUCAACAAGACUAAAUUUGGCAAUUUCAAAUUCUUAUCAACCAUAAAUAAACAAACUAAAUUUAUGAUGCUUAUUAUAUAAGAGAUGGAAUUGUUUGGAGUAAAACACUCUUCAUUUAUGAGUAAAAACACUCCUACUUAUUAAUGCUCUAUAUUUUCAGAUUAAAAAUGUUUAUGCAAAAGUAAACCAUUAGAAUAUAAUGAAUUUCUGGAAAAUAUUAUUGGAUUCAAUUGUUAAGAUUUUACAUCUAUUUAUAUGGUCAUUGAAAAGAUCAAAUAAAAUGAAGAAGUAAUUGUAUGAUUUCAUAUCAUAGUUUUAAGUAGGAGAGGUAAUAUAUUGUGAGAGUUAUUCUCAUAUAAACACUCAUCCAUUAAAGGAUAAUAUAAUUGCUAGAAUUUCAGAUGAAAUUGAUGGUGAAAUAAGAAAACAUAUCUCAGAAGAACAAGUAGUCAUUGGGAGAUUCAAAUACAAAAUGCUAUAAUUGUGUCAAUAAAGCCAUGAGAAUAAAUUACAAGUGCCUCCUGCAUCUUAUGCAAUCCAAAUCAAACACUCAACUCCUUAACCCUCUAUCAAAGAACCUGAAGAUAUUCCAUCAUAAUAAUUAAUAUGA